AUGUCCCAAAAAGAAGUACAAAAUAUGCAGAUGAUCCAGGAGUUGGAGAUUGAAAUGAUGGCUGAUAUGUACAACAGGCUAACAGCUGCUUGUCACAAAAAAUGCAUACCCCCUGUGUAUGGUGAUCCUGAAAUUGCCAAAGGAGAAGCAGUGUGUAUUGAUAGAUGUGUUGCCAAGUUUCUAGAUAUACAUGAACGGAUAGGCAAGAAACUGGGACAGUUGUCCAUGCAGGAUGAAGCUUUGUUGAAAAAGUGA